AUGGCGGCAGUACAGAAGAUGCUCGGCAGACUGGGUAGUAUCGGCGUGGGCCUCGCUAUAGCUGGUGGUGUGGCCCAAUCAGCUCUUUAUAAUGUGGACGGUGGUCAAAGAGCAGUAAUUUUCGAUCGAUUUGCCGGAGUAAAGGACGAGGUGAUUGGAGAAGGCACUCACUUUCUUGUCCCUUGGUUGCAGAAGCCAAUUUUGUUCGAUAUUCGAUCGACUCCGAGAGCGAUUUCUACAAUCACGGGAAGCAAAGAUCUUCAAAACGUCUCUAUAACACUGCGUAUACUUCAUCGACCAGAUCCGAGCAAACUGCCUAACAUCUACCUCAAUAUCGGCUUGGAUUACGCAGAAAGGGUGCUUCCAUCUAUUACGAAUGAGGUUUUGAAGGCGGUUGUGGCUCAAUUUGAUGCUCACGAGAUGAUUACCCAACGUGAAACAGUCUCUCAACGCGUGUCUUUGGCACUAGCUCAACGAGCAGCACAAUUCGGUCUUCUUUUAGAUGAUAUUUCCAUUACUCACCUUUCCUUCGGUCGCGAAUUCACAGAGGCCGUCGAAAUGAAGCAAGUAGCACAACAGGAAGCUGAGAAAGCUCGUUAUCUUGUAGAAAAGGCAGAGCAGAUGAAAAUCGCUGCUAUUACUACGGCUGAAGGUGAUGCGCAAGCAGCUAAACUACUCAGCAAGGCCUUUGCUGAUGCUGGUGAUGGUUUGAUAGAAUUAAGAAAGAUCGAAGCCGCUGAAGAAAUAGCCGAACGAAUGUCUAAGGCCAAGAAUGUCACGUAUUUGCCAGGCAAUCAAAACGUGCUGCUCAACCUGCCACAACAUUAA